AGAGAGAGCAAGCGAGGGGAGGCUGAGGGAAGACGGAAAAAAAGGGGGCGGAGGCCCGCUCGCUGAGGAAAGCGGAACGGACGGAUGAUGACGACGACGACGAUGAUGGCGAGUUGGUGCCGGAGCCCGCGCUGCUCGGCCGAGAGGCGCGGCUUCAGGCGGGAACUCGACUCGUGGCGACACAAACUCAUCCACUGCAUCGGCUUUGAGAGCAUAUUGGAGGGGCUUUACGGACCAGGCUUGCUCAGAGACUUGAGCCUGUUCGAUGACUGUGAACCCGAGGAAGUCUCUGAUUGGAUAGUAGAUGAAAACUGCCCCUUCUGCUGUCUACGGCGGGACAAAGUAAAGGAGCAUUUGUCAUCUCCAUCGGAUGUGGACGGUGCGUCGGAUUCUACAGACACUGCUGAGCAGCUGGAACGUGAAACAGAAACUUUUCUCCACGCUCUCUUUCAGCGGAAAGAUCCACCAAGAGCAUGUAACCCAGCCAUUCCACUGGUGGCCCGCGAGAUCAUGUACAGAAUGAUACGACAGUUCGCAGCCGAGUACGCGCAGCGUCGGGACGCGGCAGCCGCCGAGAAGGAUGGCUGCGAAGCAAGUCCCAUGGCACCACCCCCAGCCGCUGACGCAGCCACCUCGGUGCCGUCAGCAAAGCCCUCCUGCCCCACGUCCAGCGGCACCACGUUGGCCGUCCCUUCAGAUCUGGAACACAAGGCCGAGAGUCCUCCGCAGGAGCCUGCAGCGAUCCCAGUGAAAGGCACAGCCCCCACUCCUCUGGCAGAUGACUCCAUCCUAAGCAAGCUGCUGUCAACACAAGAUGAACAUACAGCAGAUGAGGAGGAGGAGGAGGAAGAAGAAGAUGAGAAGGAUGACGAGGAUGGCCCUCUCGACCUGUCCCUGGGCAAGAAUACUCAGGACUGCAAAUACGACCAAGCUGGCGUGCUGGACCUCUCCACCAAAAAAUCAAUGGAUGCUUCUAAAUCCCCGUCUGCAAAAGCAUCAGCUGCAGGGACCAGCCGCCUGGCCGCGGGGGACUUGUAUGGGGAGGAGAGGAGGAGGAGGGGGUCCUCGGACAGCCUCGGCCUGGGAGCAUUACGGCCCACAGGCGGGGCUGGGGCGGAAGCCGAUGCAGACACGCGGGGGGCGGCCACGCUUCAGGGCAUGGCCAAACGUGCCAUUGAGGAGGGGCUAGCAGAGCUCACGUGCCUUGGCACAAGCAACGCAGACGAACUUCGCAUCAACACCUCAGAGGGCCGAAACCUCGCGCCAUGGCUGGGAGCUCUUCUGAGUGAAGGAUUGGGCAGCCUAGUAAAACAAACGGAAAGCACUGCAGUGAGGCAAGAUGGGCGGCAUUCAAUGAGCUCAUCCAGCUUUCUGCAACAGUUGGCACUUAAACGUAUGGCAGCUCAGGCAGUUAGACUGCAAGAUCGUGACAUUUCUGGGUCUGGUUCAGUUUCCGGGUCUGUGCGUCUUAAGAUCCCCCAGUUUCGCGUCAACUCUUCAAGCGCCUUGUCCAAUCCGCUACCGGCAGAUGUCAAUGCAACCUCGAGCAUCGACAGGGCCUCUCCUUGUGCAUCGUCUGCUUUGUCGACUGCGAAGGACGGCUCCAGCAUUGGACGCAAACUGAAAGCUAUCCUGCCUAAGCAGCAGAGUGUCAGUUACCUGCCAGCAGAACUGCAUUCCCUCAAGAUCCUCCAAGGCAGCUGCAAGCAACAACAAUAACAUGACUUGGCCCUGCUCAAUGGGAAAUAUCUGGCAGAUCAGGAUGUAACACGGCCAAGGUCGCCAGAGGUGGGACCGCUCCUGACCGGUCUAAGACAAGUUCAGGGAACUGAUAACGGAGACCCAAACAAGCAGCCGCGGCGAAAACGUGGUCGCUACCGGCAGUAUGACAGCGGAAUCCUAGAGGAGGCAAUCAGCAUGGUAAUGAGUGGGCGGAUGAGCGUGUCCAAGGCACAGGCCCUGUACGGCAUUCCUCACAGCACGCUGGAGUACAAGGUGAAGGAGCGUGCGGGCACACUUAAGGUGCCGCCAAAGCGCCGUCGAGUUGACGGAGAGAGCGACACAGGGAGCAGACUGGCGUUCGGUUUUACGGCUUCUGUGUCGGACUGUGCUGCCUUUAACUCCGGCUACUCAACCCACAAUGACAUUGCCCCAAACUCGACCGCUGAUGAGAACGAUACAGCACUUAAUGGUGGAGAAUAACUGCAUUGCUCUUAAAUUUAAAAAGUAAAGAGAAAUGUGCAAUGAUGCACUUAAUACCUUUCUAAAAGGUACCACCUGUAUAGUAAGUCAAUAGGCAAAAUCUGCCUGUUGUAUGAUUGCUGGCAAGAGAAAGUCAAGGUUUAUGAACACAGCAAGGCUGCAGCCAUGUCGGGAGAGAGGUCUGCUGCUAAAAUUAAUUACAAUGUCGUGUUUUGUGUUGAAAACACUAAUGUAUAACGUCGUAAAAAAUUUAAUCCAUUCGUAACUGAUCCCUCUAACAUUUUUGUUAAUUUUAAAGAUUAAAAAAUGCGAAUAAAUUUAAGAAAAUUUUUAGCAGUAUUUUACGAGCAUUGUAGGCUAUCAAAAUUGUGAAAAUCAACGAGACUGUCAUAUUUACGAUGGUAAGCCAUCAUUUUUCGGUUGGAUCACUGCCACUAAGUAUGCUUGCAAAAUGGACUACUUGAGAAAACAUAUCCUGUCCCUAAGAGGAGGCAUUUUAUUGCCGAAUCAAGGUCCCGAGCCUAUCUCUCGACAUGGUUCGGAAUUGUGAGUUUGCAUGGUAAUUGUGUGCGGAAAGGAAACGACAUGUAGAGUAUGGUUUCAAUAGGUUUUGAUGUUUGCUUGCCAUGGUAGUUGCUGAUCAGUCAUGGUUAAAAUAUGUGAUUGGCGGAUGUUUUUGGGAGGGCUACAUGGUACACGAAGGUAAUGCAAGAAGAUAUAAAAUAGUUUCUUAAUAUAACAAAGAAUGGCAAAGGUGUUAUGAAGUAUCCAAAUGUUAAUAGUGAUUUUUUAGGAGCAUGAGUUGUAUUGUAAUUCAGGAUAAUUACAUUUAUAAUAACUAACAAUAUUUAGAUAUGGCCUGCUCUUUAAAAAUAAUAGAAGAACAUGUUAUGUUUAUGCAGAUGGUUGUCCAUCAGGGAUUAGAGUGCUGUGUGCAGCAUUUUAUACAACAAAGGCUUGAAUUUGCUCAAGAUGAAGAUUUAUGACAUUUCAGUUUUUUAUUUAUUUGAAAUGCUUCUGAAAUAAAUGGUAAGGAUGGUCACGUUGUGGGUCCAAACAUUUACCACUUGAAUACGUUAAGCUUGACCAAGAUGGAGGUACCGUUGUAGCUAAUGCAGAUUGUGGACACCUUUAAAUAGUUUACAGUGAAUGUAGAGUAAAAAAAACUGUCGUAAUUAACCUCCCUGCUGAGAAUUAAACACUGUUUUUACAGCAGUCGACUGGUCCGCACCUUUUAACGGGUCACUGUAGCAUCAGCCUUUACCGUUAACUCCUUAAUAGUCUUCAGGGAUAUGCAGUACUAUUCUCCUUGUCCUACAAGUCUGUGAGACUGGCCAGUGCUUAUAGAUUUUCUUCCUCUGCACUCUCCAUGCACCGCGUGUAAAGGAUCACUCUGCCGAAAGUGCACCACGUGUAUUUUUCUGAUUUAUUAUUGGCAUGACCACUCCAGCUAUAGCCAUAGGGGUUAAUUGCUCUAUGCCUUAUUGAAGAAUGUUAAGGCACGGACGUACAUAUAAUAUAAAUUUGUAAAAGCUCAUAACGUUGUCGUAAUAGUGCAUUAUGUAAAGCAGUCUUUUGUCUCCGGAUUGAAGUAAUAUUUGUCGCUUUGCUUUCAGGGACAAUUGUAAAAAUCUUACAAAAAUUCAGUAUUUGCAAAGCAUUGUUUCUCAGCAAGCUUGCUGGUACCAUUCUGGAAAGAGGCUUCAUGAUUGAUUCGAGGCAGUUCUUAAUAUUGGUGAUCUUUACAUGUAGUGCAUGGGCGGUGGGCACAGGGGACUAAGAUACAUUUAAUCUCGCAGACUUCUUUUCCUCAGGCCUUACUCUGGCACUCCUCAGUACACUGGAUUACAACUCAUGUCUAUUUGUAUAGUGAUUUUUAUUUAUUUAUGUUCUGUUCCUAAAGAUGUAGAGUGGAACACCCCAGGUGCUGGAAACCCAUCCACCGUUUUUUAUCUCCUGCUCCAACACUGUUUUUUUUAGUAUAGGCAGCAUCCUCGAUUCGAGCAGCUGAGUCCAUGUAGCAGGCUUGUCUUUCUGUGUUAACUUGCAAUAAUUACUGAUUGUCACUCGCAUGAUGGUAUAUUAGUAUAGAGCCGUUAGGAAUUAAAUCGCAUGCUUAAUUGCUCAUCCUGCUUACAAGCCAACUCGCAUAAAUCAUUUCCUUUUUGAUGCCGUGCCGCAUUUCUUGCAUUGCGCACGUGAGCUCAUCUUUGCAUACACAUUGGACUCGUGUGCCUAGAAAGAUAAGGCUUGUACAAAAAAAAAUUGCUAAAUAUUUCAUUUUAUGGAACUCAAUCAGGCCUAUUCACAAGCGCAGGUUGUGUGUGGAGGGUGGGGUAUUUGUUUAUGUAUUGUAUAUUCCAGCAGGUUAUGUAGCCAUGUUUUGGAAAAGUAAAUUAUUUUUGCAAUAUAUUGGAUAGGUUCCUAUUUUCCCCUUCAUGUUUGUAUACAUUUCAUUUCAUUGUUUCGUUUUUUUUAAACAUACUAAUUCAUUUCGUGUUAAUUUACACUUGCUUUACAGUGAAACGUGUUUUGUAAUGUUUGAUACAUUUUCCCAUAUUUUUUUCCUUUUGCCAGCAUGGCAAGUAAGGGUGCAGUAUUUAUUGGCGUGUAUCUCAAAAUCAGUUGCAUUGUUAUUUUUUUUUUGCUGAGACGUGCUUGUGGUUGGGAGCUGACAUUUCGUAUCAUUGUGAAUGUAGAUACCGGUGUUGCACAGAACGGCCGCAUUGAUUUUUCAGAUACAGUAACUUUGUAAUGAUAUCCCUCUAUUCCACAGCUAUAGUUGUAUUUUCUUGGUUAAAUGUAAGCCAAUUUCUAUACUUUGCAAUUUUGGGGCGGGGGAGGUAUUUGUGCAUUUUUAUAAUUUAUGCUCUUCUGAUAUACUGUACCGUAGCACUUGUAAUUUUUCUAUUUAUUGUUUAUUGUAGCACUAAAUCUGUUGAGGUAUUGUGGAGCAAAUAUCUUUUUAUUCUGUCUACUAAGAAGAUGAAAAAGUCUUAGGUCUCAUGAUUUACCUAAUGCAAGCACUUAUGCUUAGUGUGUACAUUGGUCGUUAAUGGAGUGGGAUGUGGUUUGAUCUGGAAUGAAUGUGCUUUAUCUAAGGUAAAGUGUUAAGAGUUGACUACUGACUAAGCUAACUUGAGGGGAUAUUAAUUCACUAAACAAGUCUUACUGUAUUUGCCCUUCAUUCCAUGGAGGCAGCUACAACCAAAAAAAAUCAAUAUGAUUGGAGGUGACUGGCCGUCCAUUGUGUGUUGGGUUGCAUUGUUGGGAAAUACAUUAAAAAUUGCAUUGGUUAUUGUGAACAUUCCUAAUGCAGUUCUUGGGUAUUGCGACAACCGUGCAAAAAAUCAAAAUAACACAUCCCAGGUUUUGGUACAUAAUUUAAAGAAUGUAUGCAAAUACAGUUGGGGUGGGGGGGGAAUGUUUUAAUAAGACUUAAUUGGUAAUUUAAAAAGAAAAUAGUGAAAAUAUUUAAUUUCGUAUAAUUGCAUUCUGAUUGCUUAAGCUGCACAUGAUGAAAAUGUACUGUAUAAUGAUUAAAUGCACCAAUUUAUAAUUAUUAGCACUUGAUUUAGGCUUAUUGCACACAUAUUAUACGGGCAAAUACUUUAAACAGUUUUUAGGCACUUUAGUUUCUUUAUUUGCCAUCACUACUAAAUGUGCAGAUUGGAAGCGGCAAUUGAAACUGAAUUCAAAAUGGUCCGGCUGAAGUCUUGCACACCAUCUCGGCAAUCGCAGUAAAAGCGGCCAUCAGGGGGCUCUUUUCCUCUCUGCUACUACUACUGUCUCGUGUCCGUCCGCUUGUAAAGCAACAAGGUGCCUCAAACGAUCUCUCUCAAACCUCCAGUUUUCAAAAAAAAACUCCUUUGUGUAAAACUACUGAACUUUUGUACGCGUUUUAAACGAGUGAAAAAAAAUAAUCUUUGUAGUAAAUUAUCAAAAAAAAACUUGUGUGACUGGUUUGCUUUUGCGUUUUAAGUUUAGUUGCAGUAUAAUGCAUCGUGUGUUUAAAAAGAAAAAGAAAAAAACCUCUUUAAGUAUCGGAGUUUUUUUUGUUGGCACUUCAAGGGUGAAAAAAUUGCCCUCCACAGAGUCGAGACCCCAUCUAGGAUGUGCAAACUUUUUAAUUGUUUACGCCCGGGUGUUUUUACAAGUGAGAAUUUUAAAGCAUAGAAUUGUUUCGUAUAGCAAUGUUCUUCUUGUGUACUUUUGCCAUUCAGUACAUAUGUUUCAUUUAUUUCUAACUUGUUUGUGGUUCAGGAAAGAAGAUAU